CUGAUAUGAACCGUCAACCGUAUUAAAUUUUAUUUAUAUUUUAUUCUGUGAUAUUGAUGAUGGAUAUUUACCAUUUGGAAAUUUCCGGCCGUUCGGGUUUUGGUUAUUGAUUGAUGUUCAGUAAUUACUGAUUAGUGUGUGACAUUGUGGCUUAAUAUUAUAUUAUAAGAUUUAUGGUAAACUGAUAGUAGUGUACUGUGUUAUGUCGACGACCCUAUGAUCCGGAGUUGACAAUUAUCAGUUAACUGAUUACUUAUUUUAUGGAAAUUAACAAUAUUAUUCUUACUUUGUCAGUAUUCAAAUUAAUUAAUCAAAUGCUCUGCAUCUAUAUUGAUUGUCUGUUGUUGUCAAUAUGUCCUGCGCAGCAAAUCUCUGUGCUUGUUUAAUAAAUAUUUCAAGAUGUCUAUCCUAUAUUUUUUUGGUCUUUUUGACUCUCGUAGCAAUUAUAGUCGGUUACCAUAUAUUUGAAAUAUUUUCUACCAAACCUGGCACUCCAAUAGUCAUCAACACUUGGGCGUUCACGGCUUCUACUUUAAGAAGUUGGGAAAUAUUAAAUACAAAUGGUACAGCUGUUGAUGCUGUUGUUGCCGGAUGCAGUGUAUGUGAAAUAGCUCAAUGUGAUGGUACAGUUGGUUAUGGCGGUAGUCCUGAUGAGAAUGGAGAAACCACACUAGAUGCUCUUAUAAUUGAUGGAGCAACAAUGAAUAUGGGUGCAGUAGGCAGUAUGAAGCGUAUCAAACAAGCGUCUAAAGUCGCACGGCAUGUUAUGGAAAAUACUAAACACACUUUAUUGGUUGGUGAUGGAGCUACACAGUUUGCAGUUGAAAUGGGCUUUAAACAAACAGAUCUUGGUACAAAUUCUUCUGCAUACAUGUGGAAAGAUUGGAAAACCAGAGCGUGUCAACCAAAUUUUUGGACUAAUGUUAGUCCAGAUCCUGGAAUGAGUUGUGGGCCAUACAAACCAUCUACUAAGAAAUCCCAAUCAAAACCUCGAGCUAGUUUUGCAAACCAGUAUAACCAUGAUACCAUUGGAGUAGUAGCAAUAGACAAAGAAGGUAAUAUAGCUGCUGGCACAUCUACAAAUGGAGCAAAAUUCAAAAUUCCAGGGAGAGUAGGCGAUUCUCCUAUUCCUGGUUCCGGGGCUUAUGCUAUGAAUACUAUAGGUGCUGCUGCAGCUACAGGAGAUGGAGAUAUACUAAUGCGAUUCUUACCGAGUUUUCUUGCCGUGCAAGCCAUGAAAUACGGCUAUAGUCCAGGAGGAGCAGCUAUUCUAGCCAUGCACACAAUUGCAGAGUACUAUCCGGAGUUUAAAGGUGCUAUUGUUGUAGUUAAUAAAUUGGGACAACAUGGAGCUGCUUGCUAUGGCUUUGAUUCAUUUCCAUACUCGAUAGCUAAUAAUGAACAUAAUCGCGUAUUAGUUAUGUAUGCUAAAUGUGACCUUCAAAAACCAUAACACCAUUAUUGUUGAUAUUAUUAAAAAUACUAUUACAUAUAUUUUUAUUAUAUUUUAAAUGUGUAAUAAAGUAUUCAUAAGAAAAAUGAAUUCAUAAUUGGUUUAUACUUGUAUUUAUGGGUUAAACAUUUGUCACAC